AUGAACACCGAAGAUCCAGAAGUCAGUUGCCCAAAUCGUGUUCCGUCUCAGGACACAGACCUCGGAAUGUCGUCUGCUGUGGUUACAUGGACACCAAUGCCAUCAGCUACUGAUAAUGUGGACAACUUCACUAUAAACAACAUCACAUGUCAAGAUGAAUCGGGCAAUGUCGUGGAGUCUGAUGGUACUUAUUCAUUGGGUACAACGACAGUGACCUGCCUUGUAUUUGACAGCGCUGGCAACAAUGGAUCAUGCCAAUUUGUCAUCAACGUUGUAGACACCGAAGAUCCAGAAGUUAGUUGCCCAAAUAGUGUUCCGUCUCAGGACACAGACCUCGGAAUGUCGUCUGCUGUGGUUACAUGGACACCAAUGCCAUCAGCUACUGAUAAUGUGGACAACUUCACUAUAAACAACAUCAUCUGUCAAGAUGAAGCGGGCAAUGUCGUGGAGUCUGAUGGUACUUAUUCAUUGGGUACAACGACAGUGACCUGCCUUGUAUUUGACAGCGCUGGCAACAAUGGAUCAUGCCAAUUUGUCAUCAACGUUGUAGACACCGAAGAUCCAGAAGUUAGUUGCCCAAAUAGUGUUCCGUCUCAGUACACAGACCUCGGAAUGUCGUCUGCUGUGGUUACAUGGACACCAAUGCCAUCAGCUACUGAUAAUGUGGACAACUUCACUAUGAACAACAUCACAUGUCAAGAUGAAGCGGGCAAUGUCGUGGAGUCUGAUGGUACUUAUUCAUUGGGUACAACGACAGUGACCUGCCUUGUAUUUGACAGCGCUGGCAACAAUGGAUCAUGCCAAUUUGUCAUCAACGUUGUAGACACCGAAGAUCCAGAAGUUAGUUGCCCAAAUAGUGUUCCGUCUCAGUACACAGACCUCGGAAUGUCGUCUGCUGUGGUUACAUGGACACCAAUGCCAUCAGCUACUGAUAAUGUGGACAACUUCACUAUGAACAACAUCACAUGUCAAGAUGAAGCGGGCAAUGUCGUGGAGUCUGAUGGUACUUAUUCAUUGGGUACAACGACAGUGACCUGCCUUGUAUUUGACAGCACUGACACCGAAGAUCCAGAAGUUAGUUGCCCAAAUCGUGUUCCGUCUCAGGACACAGACCUCGGAAUGUCGUCUGCUGUGGUUACAUGGACACCAAUGCCAUCAGCUACUGAUAAUGUGGACAACUUCACUAUAAACAACAUCACAUGUCAAGAUGAAGCGGGCAAUGUCGUGGAGUCUGAUGGUACUUAUUCAUUGGGUACAACGACAGUGACCUGCCUUGUAUAUGACAGCGCUGGCAACAAUGGAUCAUGCCAAUUUGUCAUCAACGUUGUAGACACCGAAGAUCCAGAAGUCAGUUGCCCAAAUCGUGUUCCGUCUCAGGACACAGACCUCGGCAUGUCGUCUGCUGUGGUUACAUGGACACCAAUGCCAUCAGCUACUGAUAAUGUGGACAACUUCACUAUAAACAACAUCACAUGUCAAGAUGAAGCGGGCAAUGUCGUGGAGUCUGAUGGUACUUAUUCAUUGGGUACAACGACAGUGACCUGCCUUGUAUUUGACAGCGCUCGCAACAAUGGAUCAUGCCAAUUUGUCAUCAACGUUGUAGACACCGAAGAUCCAGAAGUUAGUUGCCCAAAUAGUGUUCCGUCUCAGUACACAGACCUCGGAAUGUCGUCUGCUGUGGUUACAUGGACACCAAUGCCAUCAGCUACUGAUAAUGUGGACAACUUCACUAUGAACAACAUCACAUGUCAAGAUGAAGCGGGCAAUGUCGUGGAGUCUGAUGACACUGAAGAUCCAGAAGUUAGUUGCCCAAAUAGUGUUCCGUCUCAGGACACAGACCUCGGAAUGUCGUCUGCUGUGGUUACAUGGACACCAAUGCCAUCAGCUACUGAUAAUGUGGACAACUACACUAUAAACAACAUCACAUGUCAAGAUGAAACGGGCAAUGUCGUGGAGUCUGAUGGUACUUAUCCAUUGGGUACAACGACAGUGACCUGCCUAGUAUUUGACAGCGCUGGCAACAAUGGAUCAUGCCAAUUUGUCAUGAACGUUGUAGACACCGAAGAUCCAGAAGUUAGUUGCCCAAAUCGUGUUCCGUCUCAGGACACAGACCUCGGAAUGUCGUCUGCUGUGGUUACAUGGACACCAAUGCCAUCAGCUACUGAUAAUGUGGACAACUUCACUAUAAACAACAUCACAUGUCAAGAUGAAUCGGGCAAUGUCGUGGAGUCUGAUGGUACUUAUUCAUUGGGUACAACGACAGUGACCUGCCUUGUAUUUGACAGCGCUGGCAACAAUGGAUCAUGCCAAUUUGUCAUCAACGUUGUAGACACCGAAGAUCCAGAAGUUAGUUGCCCAAAUCGUGUUCCGUCUCAGGACACAGACCUCGGAAUGUCGUCUGCUGUGGUUACAUGGACACCAAUGCCAUCAGCUACUGAUAAUGUGGACAACUUCACUAUAAACAACAUCACCUGUCAAGAUGAAGCGGGCAAUGUCGUGGAGUCUGAUGGUACUUAUUCAUUGGGUACAACGACAGUGACCUGCCUUGUAUUUGACAGCGCUGGCAACAAUGGAUCAUGCCAAUUUGUCAUCAACGUUGUAGACACCGAAGAUCCAGAAGUUAGUUGCCCAAAUAGUGUUCCGUCUCAGUACACAGACCUCGGAAUGUCGUCUGCUGUGGUUACAUGGACACCAAUGCCAUCAGCUACUGAUAAUGUGGACAACUUCACUAUGAACAACAUCACAUGUCAAGAUGAAGCGGGCAAUGUCGUGGAGUCUGAUGGUACUUAUUCAUUGGGUACAACGACAGUGACCUGCCUUGUAUUUGACAGCGCUCGCAACAAUGGAUCAUGCCAAUUUGUCAUCAACGUUGUAGACACUGAAGAUCCAGAAGUUAGUUGCCCAAAUAGUGUUCCGUCUCAGGACACAGACCUCGGAAUGUCGUCUGCUGUGGUUACAUGGACACCAAUGCCAUCAGCUACUGAUAAUGUGGACAACUACACUAUAAACAACAUCACAUGUCAAGAUGAAACGGGCAAUGUCGUGGAGUCUGAUGGUACUUAUCCAUUGGGUACAACGACAGUGACCUGCCUAGUAUUUGACAGCGCUGGCAACAAUGGAUCAUGCCAAUUUGUCAUGAACGUUGUAGACACCGAAGAUCCAGAAGUUAGUUGCCCAAAUCGUGUUCCGUCUCAGGACACAGACCUCGGAAUGUCGUCUGCUGUGGUUACAUGGACACCAAUGCCAUCAGCUACUGAUAAUGUGGACAACUUCACUAUAAACAACAUCACAUGUCAAGAUGAAUCGGGCAAUGUCGUGGAGUCUGAUGGUACUUAUUCAUUGGGUACAACGACAGUGACCUGCCUUGUAUUUGACAGCGCUGGCAACAAUGGAUCAUGCCAAUUUGUCAUCAAUGUUGUAGACACCGAAGAUCCAGAAGUUAGUUGCCCAAAUCGUGUUCCGUCUCAGGACACAGACCUCGGAAUGUCGUCUGCUGUGGUUACAUGGACACCAAUGCCAUCAGCUACUGAUAAUGUGGACAACUUCACUAUAAACAACAUCACCUGUCAAGAUGAAGCGGGCAAUGUCGUGGAGUCUGAUGGUACUUAUUCAUUGGGUACAACGACAGUGACCUGCCUUGUAUUUGACAGCGCUGGCAACAAUGGAUCAUGCCAAUUUGUCAUCAACGUUGUAGACACCGAAGAUCCAGAAGUUAGUUGCCCAAAUAGUGUUCCGUCUCAGUACACAGACCUCGGAAUGUCGUCUGCUGUGGUUACAUGGACACCAAUGCCAUCAGCUACUGAUAAUGUGGACAACUUCACUAUGAACAACAUCACAUGUCAAGAUGAAGCGGGCAAUGUCGUGGAGUCUGAUGGUACUUAUUCAUUGGGUACAACGACAGUGACCUGCCUUGUAUUUGACAGCGCUGGCAACAAUGGAUCGUGCCAAUUUGUCAUCAACGUUGUAGACACUGAAGAUCCAGAAGUUAGUUGCCCAAAUAGUGUUCCGUCUCAGGACACAGACCUCGGAAUGUCGUCUGCUGUGGUUACAUGGACACCAAUGCCAUCAGCCACUGAUAAUGUGGACAACUACACUAUAAACAACAUUACAUGUCAAGAUGAAACGGGCAAUGUCGUGGAGUCUGAUGGUACUUAUCCAUUGGGUACAACGACAGUGACCUGCCUAGUAUUUGACAGCGCUGGCAACAAUGGAUCAUGCCAAUUUGUCAUCAACGUUGUAGACACCGAAGAUCCAGAAGUUAGUUGCCCAAAUCGUGUUCCGUCUCAGGACACAGACCUCGGAAUGUCGUCUGCUGUGAUUACAUGGACACCAAUGCCAUCAGCUACUGAUAAUGUGGACAACUUCACUAUAAACAACAUCACAUGUCAAGAUGAAGCGGGCAAUGUCGUGGAGUCUGAUGGUACUUAUUCAUUGGGUACAACGACAGUGACCUGCCUUGUAUUUGACAGCGCUGGCAACAAUGGAUCAUGCCAAUUUGUCAUCAACGUUGUAGACACCGAAGAUCCAGAAGUUAGUUGCCCCAAUAGUGUUCCGUCUCAGAACACAGACCUCGGAAUGUCGUCUGCUGUGGUUACAUGGACACCAAUGCCAUCAGCUACUGAUAAUGUGGACAACUUCACUAUAAACAACAUCACAUGUCAAGAUGAAGCGGGCAAUGUCGUGGAGUCUGAUGGUACUUAUUCAUUGGGUACAACGACAGUGACCUGCCUUGUAUUUGACAGCGCUCGCAACAAUGGAUCAUGCCAAUUUGUCAUCAACGUUGUAGACACCGAAGAUCCAGAAGUUAGUUGCCCAAAUAGUGUUCCGUCUCAGUACACAGACCUCGGAAUGUCGUCUGCUGUGGUUACAUGGACACCAAUGCCAUCAGCUACUGAUAAUGUGGACAACUUCACUAUGAACAACAUCACAUGUCAAGAUGAAGCGGGCAAUGUCGUGGAGUCUGAUGGUACUUAUUCAUUGGGUACAACGACAGUGACCUGCCUUGUAUUUGACAGCGCUGGCAACAAUGGAUCGUGCCAAUUUGUCAUCAACGUUGUAGACACUGAAGAUCCAGAAGUUAGUUGCCCAAAUAGUGUUCCGUCUCAGGACACAGACCUCGGAAUGUCGUCUGCUGUGGUUACAUGGACACCAAUGCCAUCAGCCACUGAUAAUGUGGACAACUACACUAUAAACAACAUCACAUGUCAAGAUGAAACGGGCAAUGUCGUGGAGUCUGAUGGUACUUAUCCAUUGGGUACAACGACAGUGACCUGCCUAGUAUUUGACAGCGCUGGCAACAAUGGAUCAUGCCAAUUUGUCAUCAACGUUGUAGACACCGAAGAUCCAGAAGUUAGUUGCCCAAAUCGUGUUCCGUCUCAGGACACAGACCUCGGAAUGUCGUCUGCUGUGAUUACAUGGACACCAAUGCCAUCAGCUACUGAUAAUGUGGACAACUUCACUAUAAACAACAUCACAUGUCAAGAUGAAGCGGGCAAUGUCGUGGAGUCUGAUGGUACUUAUUCAUUGGGUACAACGACAGUGACCUGCCUUGUAUUUGACAGCGCUGGCAACAAUGGAUCAUGCCAAUUUGUCAUCAACGUUGUAGACACCGAAGAUCCAGAAGUUAGUUGCCCAAAUAGUGUUCCGUCUCAGAACACAGACCUCGGAAUGUCGUCUGCUGUGGUUACAUGGACACCAAUGCCAUCAGCUACUGAUAAUGUGGACAACUUCACUAUAAACAACAUCACAUGUCAAGAUGAAGCGGGCAAUGUCGUGGAGUCUGAUGGUACUUAUUCAUUGGGUACAACGACAGUGACCUGCCUUGUAUUUGACAGCGCUCGCAACAAUGGAUCAUGCCAAUUUGUCAUCAACGUUGUAGACACCGAAGAUCCAGAAGUUAGUUGCCCAAAUCGUGUUCCGUCUCAGGACACAGACCUCGGCAUGUCGUCUGCUGUGGUUACAUGGACACCAAUGCCAUCAGCUACUGAUAAUGUGGACAACUUCACUAUAAACAACAUCACAUGUCAAGAUGAAGCGGGCAAUGUCGUGGAGUCUGAUGGUACUUAUUCAUUGGGUACAACGACAGUGACCUGCCUUGUAUUUGACAGCGCUGGCAACAAUGGAUCAUGCCAAUUGGUCAUCAACGUUGUAGACACCGAAGAUCCAGAAGUUAGUUGCCCAAAUCGUGUUCCGUCUCAGGACACAGACCUCGGAAUGUCGUCUGCUGUGGUUACAUGGACACCAAUGCCAUCAGCUACUGAUAAUGUGGACAACUUCACUAUAAACAACAUCACAUGUCAAGAUGAAGCGGGCAAUGUCGUGGAGUCUGAUGGUACUUAUUCAUUGGGUACAACGACAGUGACCUGCCUUGUAUUUGACAGCGCUGGCAACAAUGGAUCAUGCCAAUUUGUCAUCAACGUUGUAGACACCGAAGAUCCAGAACUCAGUUGCCCAAAUAGUGUUCCGUCUCAGGACACAGACCUCGGAAUGUCGUCUGCUGUGGUUACAUGGACACCAAUGCCAUCAGCUACUGAUAAUGUGGACAACUUCACUAUAAACAACAUCACAUGUCAAGAUGAAGCGGGCAAUGUCGUGGAGUCUGAUGAUACUUAUUCAUUGGGUACAACGACAGUGACCUGCCUUGUAUUUGACAGCGCUGGCAACAAUGGAUCAUGCCAAUUUGUCAUCUACGUUGUAGACACCGAAGAUCCAGAAGUUAGUUGCCCAAAUCGUGUUCCGUCUCAGGACACGGACCUCGGAAUGUCGUCUGCUGUGGUUACAUGGACACCAAUGCCAUCAGCUACUGAUAAUGUGGACAACUUCACUAUAAACAACAUCACCUGUCAAGAUGAAGCGGGCAAUGUCGUGGAGUCUGAUGGUACUUAUUCAUUGGGUACAACGACAGUGACCUGCCUUGUAUUUGACAGCGCUGGCAACAAUGGAUCAUGCCAAUUUGUCAUCAACGUUGUAGACACCGAAGAUCCAGAAGUUAGUUGCCCAAAUCGUGUUCCGUCUCAGGACACGGACCUCGGCAUGUCGUCUGCUGUGGUUACAUGGACACCAAUGCCAUCAGCUACUGAUAAUGUGGACAACUUCACUAUAAACAGCAUCACAUGUCAAGAUGAAGCGGGCAAUGUCGUGGAGUCUGAUGAUACUUAUUCAUUGGGUACAACGACAGUGACCUGCCUUGUUUUUGACAGCGCUGGCAACAAUGGAUCAUGCCAAUUUGUCAUCAACGUUGUAGACACCGAAGAUCCAGAAGUUAGUUGCCCAAAUAGUGUUCCGUCUCAGGACACAGACCUCGGAAUGUCGUCUGCUGUGGUUACAUGGACACCAAUGCCAUCAGCUACUGAUAAUGUGGACAACUUCACUAUAAACAACAUCACAUGUCAAGAUGAAGCGGGCAAUGUCGUGGAGUCUGAUGGUACUUAUUCAUUGGGUACAACGACAGUGACCUGCCUUGUAUUUGACAGCGCUGGCAACAAUGGAUCAUGCCAAUUUGUCAUCAACGUUGUAGACACCGAAGAUCCAGAAGUUAGUUGCCCAAAUCGUGUUCCGUCUCAGGACACAGACCUCGGAAUGUCGUCUGCUGUGGUUACAUGGACACCAAUGCCAUCAGCUACUGAUAAUGUGGACAACUUCACUAUAAACAACAUCACAUGUCAAGAUGAAGCGGGCAAUGUCGUGGAGUCUGAUGGUACUUAUUCAUUGGGUACAACGACAGUGACCUGCCUUGUAUUGGACAGCGCUGGCAACAAUGGAUCAUGCCAAUUUGUCAUCAACGUUGUAGAUACCGAAGAUCCAGAAGUCAGUUGCCCAACUAGUGUUCCGUCUCAGGACACAGACCUCGGAAUGUCGUCUGCUGUGGUUACAUGGACACCAAUGCCAUCAGCUAAUGAUAAUGUGGACAACUUCACUAUAAACAACAUCACAUGUCAAGAUGAAGCGGGCAAUGUCGUGGAGUCUGAUGAUACUUAUUCAUUGGGUACAACGACAGUGACCUGCCUUGUAUUUGACAGCGCUGGCAACAAUGGAUCAUGCCAAUUUGUCAUCUACGUUGUAGACACCGAAGAUCCAGAAGUUAGUUGCCCAAAUCGUGUUCCGUCUCAGGACACGGACCUCGGAAUGUCGUCUGCUGUGGUUACAUGGACACCAAUGCCAUCAGCUACUGAUAAUGUGGACAACUUCACUAUAAACAACAUCACAUGUCAAGAUGAAGCGGGCAAUGUCGUGGAGUCUGAUGAUACUUAUUCAUUGGGUACAACGACAGUGACCUGCCUUGUAUUUGACAGCGCUGGCAACAAUGGAUCAUGCCAAUUUGUCAUCAACGUUGUAGACACCGAAGAUCCAGAAGUUAGUUGCCCAAAUCGUGUUCCGUCUCAGGACACAGACCUCGGCAUGUCGUCUGCUGUGGUUACAUGGACACCAAUGCCAUCAGCUACUGAUAAUGUGGACAACUUCACUAUAAACAACAUCACAUGUCAAGAUGAAGCGGGCAAUGUCGUGGAGUCUGAUGGUACUUAUUCAUUGGGUACAACGACAGUGACCUGCCUUGUUUUUGACAGCGCUCGCAACAAUGGAUCAUGCCAAUUUGUCAUCAACGUUGUAGACACCGAAGAUCCAGAAGUUAGUUGCCCAAAUAGUGUUCCGUCUCAGGACACAGACCUCGGAAUGUCGUCUGCUGUGGUUACAUGGACACCAAUGCCAUCAGCUACUGAUAAUGUGGACAACUUCACUAUAAACAACAUCACAUGUCAAGAUGAAGCGGGCAAUGUCGUAGAGUCUGAUGGUACUUAUUCAUUGGGUACAACGACAGUGACCUGCCUUGUUUUUGACAGCGCUCGCAACAAUGGAUCAUGCCAAUUUGUCAUCAACGUUGUAGACACCGAAGAUCCAGAAGUUAGUUGCCCAAAUAGUGUUCCGUCUCAGGACACAGACCUCGGAAUGUCGUCUGCUGUGGUUACAUGGACACCAAUGCCAUCAGCUACUGAUAAUGUGGACAACUUCACUAUAAACAACAUCACAUGUCAAGAUGAAGCGGGCAAUGUCGUGGAGUCUGAUGGUACUUAUUCAUUGGGUACAACGACAGUGACCUGCCUUGUUUUUGACAGCGCUCGCAACAAUGGAUCAUGCCAAUUUGUCAUCAACGUUGUAGACACCGAAGAUCCAGAAGUUAGUUGCCCAAAUAGUGUCCUGUCUCAGGACACAGACCUCCGAAUGUCGUCUGCUGUGGUUACAUGGACACCAAUGCCAUCAGCUACUGAUAAUGUGGACAACUUCACUAUAAACAACAUCACAUGUCAAGAUGAAGCGGGCAAUGUCGUGGAGUCUGAUGGUACUUAUACAUUGGGUACAACGACAGUGACCUGCCUUGUAUUUGACAGCGCUGGCAACAAUGGAUCAUGCCAAUUUGUCAUCAACGUUGUAGACACCGAAGAUCCAGAAGUUAGUUGCCCAAAUAGUGUUUCGUCUCAGAACACAGACCUCGGAAUGUCGUCUGCUGUGGUUACAUGGACACCAAUGCCAUCAGCUACUGAUAAUGUGGACAACUUCACUAUAAACAACAUCACCUGUCAAGAUGAAGCGGGCAAUGUCGUGGAGUCUGAUGGUACUUAUUCAUUGGGUACAACGACAGUGACCUGCCUUGUUUUUGACAGCGCUCGCAACAAUGGAUCAUGCCAAUUUGUCAUCAACGUUGUAGACACCGAAGAUCCAGAAGUUAGUUGCCCAAAUAGUGUUCCGUCUCAGGACACAGACCUCGGAAUGUCGUCUGCUGUGGUUACAUGGACACCAAUGCCAUCAGCUACUGAUAAUGUGGACAACUUCACUAUAAACAACAUCACAUGUCAAGAUGAAGCGGGCAAUGUCGUGGAGUCUGAUGGUACUUAUUCAUUGGGUACAACGACAGUGACCUGCCUUGUUUUUGACAGCGCUCGCAACAAUGGAUCAUGCCAAUUUGUCAUCAACGUUGUAGACAACGAAGAUCCAGAAGUUAGUUGCCCAAAUAGUGUUCCGUCUCAGGACACAGACCUCGGAAUGUCGUCUGCUGUGGUUACAUGGACACCAAUGCCAUCAGCUACUGAUAAUGUGGACAACUUCACUAUAAACAACAUCACAUGUCAAGAUGAAGCGGGCAAUGUCGUAGAGUCUGAUGGUACUUAUUCAUUGGGUACAACGACAGUGACCUGCCUUGUUUUUGACAGCGCUCGCAACAAUGGAUCAUGCCAAUUUGUCAUCAACGUUGUAGACACCGAAGAUCCAGAAGUUAGUUGCCCAAAUAGUGUUCUGUCUCAGGACACAGACCUCCGAAUGUCGUCUGCUGUGGUUACAUGGACACCAAUGCCAUCAGCUACUGAUAAUGUGGACAACUUCACUAUAAACAACAUCACAUGUCAAGAUGAAGCGGGCAAUGUCGUGGAGUCUGAUGGUACUUAUACAUUGGGUACAACGACAGUGACCUGCCUUGUAUUUGACAGCGCUGGCAACAAUGGAUCAUGCCAAUUUGUCAUCAACGUUGUAGACACCGAAGAUCCAGAAGUUAGUUGCCCAAAUAGUGUUUCGUCUCAGAACACAGACCUCGGAAUGUCGUCUGCUGUGGUUACAUGGACACCAAUGCCAUCAGCUACUGAUAAUGUGGACAACUUCACUAUAAACAACAUCACCUGUCAAGAUGAAGCGGGCAAUGUCGUGGAGUCUGAUGGUACUUAUUCAUUGGGUACAACGACAGUGACCUGCCUUGUUUUUGACAGCGCUCGCAACAAUGGAUCAUGCCAAUUUGUCAUCAACGUUGUAGACACCGAAGAUCCAGAAGUUAGUUGCCCAAAUAGUGUUCCGUCUCAGGACACAGACCUCGGAAUGUCGUCUGCUGUGGUUACAUGGACACCAAUGCCAUCAGCUACUGAUAAUGUGGACAACUUCACUAUAAACAACAUCACAUGUCAAGAUGAAGCGGGCAAUGUCGUGGAGUCUGAUGGUACUUAUACAUUGGGUACAACGACAGUGACCUGCCUUGUAUUUGACAGCGCUGGCAACAAUGGAUCAUGCCAAUUUGUCAUCAACGUUGUAGACACCGAAGAUCCAGAAGUUAGUUGCCCAAAUAGUGUUCCGUCUCAGAACACAGACCUCGGAAUGUCGUCUGCUGUGGUUACAUGGACACCAAUGCCAUCAGCUACUGAUAAUGUGGACAACUUCACUAUAAACAACAUCACCUGUCAAGAUGAAGCGGGCAAUGUCGUGGAGUCUGAUGGUACUUAUUCAUUGGGUACAACGACAGUGACCUGCCUUGUUUUUGACAGCGCUCGCAACAAUGGAUCAUGCCAAUUUGUCAUCAACGUUGUAGACACCGAAGAUCCAGAAGUUAGUUGCCCAAAUAGUGUUCCGUCUCAGGACACAGACCUCGGAAUGUCGUCUGCUGUGGUUACAUGGACACCAAUGCCAUCAGCUACUGAUAAUGUGGACAACUUCACUAUAAACAACAUCACAUGUCAAGAUGAAGCGGGCAAUGUCGUGGAGUCUGAUGGUACUUAUACAUUGGGUACAACGACAGUGACCUGCCUUGUAUUUGACAGCGCUGGCAACAAUGGAUCAUGCCAAUUUGUCAUCAACGUUGUAGACACCGAAGAUCCAGAAGUUAGUUGCCCAAAUAGUGUUUCGUCUCAGAACACAGACCUCGGAAUGUCGUCUGCUGUGGUUACAUGGACACCAAUGCCAUCAGCUACUGAUAAUGUGGACAACUUCACUAUAAACAACAUCACCUGUCAAGAUGAAGCGGGCAAUGUCGUGGAGUCUGAUGGUACUUAUUCAUUGGGUACAACGACAGUGACCUGCCUUGUUUUUGACAGCGCUCGCAACAAUGGAUCAUGCCAAUUUGUCAUCAACGUUGUAGACACCGACGAUCCAGAAGUUAGUUGCCCAAAUAGUGUUCCGUCUCAGGACACAGACCUCGGAAUGUCGUCUGCUGUGGUUACAUGGACACCAAUGCCAUCAGCUACUGAUAAUGUGGACAACUUCACUAUAAACAACAUCACAUGUCAAGAUGAAGCGGGCAAUGUCGUGGAGUCUGAUGGUACUUAUACAUUGGGUACAACGACAGUGACCUGCCUUGUAUUUGACAGCGCUCGCAACAAUGGAUCAUGCCAAUUUGUCAUCAACGUUGUAGACACCGAAGAUCCAGAAGUUAGUUGCCCAAAUAGUGUUUCGUCUCAGAACACAGACCUCGGAAUGUCGUCUGCUGUGGUUACAUGGACACCAAUGCCAUCAGCUACUGAUAAUGUGGACAACUUCACUAUAAACAACAUCACCUGUCAAGAUGAAGCGGGCAAUGUCGUGGAGUCUGAUGGUACUUAUUCAUUGGGUACAACGACAGUGACCUGCCUUGUUUUUGACAGCGCUCGCAACAAUGGAUCAUGCCAAUUUGUCAUCAACGUUGUAGACACCGAAGAUCCAGAAGUUAGUUGCCCAAAUAGUGUUCCGUCUCAGGACACAGACCUCGGAAUGUCGUCUGCUGUGGUUACAUGGACACCAAUGCCAUCAGCUACUGAUAAUGUGGACAACUUCACUAUAAACAACAUCACAUGUCAAGAUGAAGCGGGCAAUGUCGUGGAGUCUGAUGGUACUUAUACAUUGGGUACAACGACAGUGACCUGCCUUGUAUUUGACAGCGCUGGCAACAAUGGAUCAUGCCAAUUUGUCAUCAACGUUGUAGACACCGAAGAUCCAGAAGUUAGUUGCCCAAAUAGUGUUUCGUCUCAGAACACAGACCUCGGAAUGUCGUCUGCUGUGGUUACAUGGACACAAAUGCCAUCAGCUACUGAUAAUGUGGACAACUUCACUAUAAACAACAUCACAUGUCAAGAUGAAGCGGGCAAUGUCGUAGAGUCUGAUGGUACUUAUUCAUUGGGUACAACGACAGUGACCUGCCUUGUUUUUGACAGCGCUCGCAACAAUGGAUCAUGCCAAUUUGUCAUCAACGUUGUAGACACCGAAGAUCCAGACGUUAGUUGCCCAAAUAGUGUUCCGUCUCAGAACACAGACCUCGGAAUGUCGUCUGCUGUGGUUACAUGGACACCAAUGCAAUCAGCUACUGAUAAUGUGGACAACUUCAUUAUAAACAACAUCACCUGUCAAGAUGAAGCGGGCAAUGUCGUGGAGUCUGAUGGUACUUAUUCAUUGGGUACAACGACAGUGACCUGCCUUGUUUUUGACAGCGCUCGCAACAAUGGAUCAUGCCAAUUUGUCAUCAACGUUGUAGACACCGAAGAUCCAGAAGUUAGUUGCCCAAAUAGUGUUCCGUCUCAGAACACAGACCUCGGAAUGUCGUCUGCUGUGGUUACAUGGACACCAAUGCCAUCAGCUACUGAUAAUGUGGACAACUUCACUAUAAACAACAUCACAUGUCAAGAUGAAGCGGGCAAUGUCGUAGAGUCUGAUGGUACUUAUUCAUUGGGUACAACGACAGUGACCUGCCUUGUUUUUGACAGCGCUCGCAACAAUGGAUCAUGCCAAUUUGUCAUCAACGUUGUAGACACCGAAGAUCCAGAAGUUAGUUGCCCAAAUAGUGUUCCGUCUCAGAACACAGACCUCGGAAUGUCGUCUACUGUGGUUACAUGGACACCAAUGCCAUCAGCUACUGAUAAUGUGGACAACUUCACUAUAAACAACAUCACAUGUCAAGAUGAAGCGGGCAAUGUCGUGGAGUCUGAUGGUACUUAUUCAUUGGGUACAACGACAGUGACCUGCCUUGUAUUUGACAGCGCUGGCAACAAUGGAUCAUGCCAAUUUGUCAUCAACGUUGUAGACACCGAAGAUCCAGAAGUUAGUUGCCCAAAUAGUGUUCCGUCUCAGGACACAGACCUCGGAAUGUCGUCUGCUGUGGUUACAUGGAUACCAAUGCCAUCAGCUACUGAUAAUGUGGACAACUUAACUGUAAACAACAUCACAUGUAACGAUGAAGCUGGAAAUAUCGUGGUGUCUAAUGAUUGCCAAGUUGACCAGCACAAAUGCUCGAACGGUGUGUGCAUUCCUCGUUCUCAAGUCUGUGACAACUUUAACGAUUGUGGUGACCACGAUAACUCAGACGAGAAUUCAACUAUGUGCUCCUCCGAUUCCUACACUUUCUGCCAGGCUUACAGUAAUGUAAGAGAAUUAUGCAUUGAUCAGAGUGGACUCCUGUCAAUUAAGCAAUCUUUCUUAGAGGGCAAUACGGCGGUGUACACGUUCACUGCGCCGAGAUUGUUUUCCAAGUCAACCUACCUUAGCAAGGUCAAUGACGACCAUGCCGUCGUUGCAAAGGAACUACGGGUUCCUCUCCCUGUUGAUCCCGGACAAAACAUCAGUGUUACCAUUGAGUACAUCACGGAUACCCAGAGCAGUUCUACAACACCUGUCAACGUUACCUGUCUUGACUGCAUCACCCUGUAUUACAGAACAUACCUUAGUGGUUGCGAGUGCCUUACGGAAUACACUGCGUGGAGAAGGGGCAUUCUGUCCGUUAAGCACAUUUACAACACCACUUGUGGCGUACCUGAAACCAAUGAAAUGUUCUUUUCUAUGUACGACAAGUGCCUGGAACAACCGUCAUUUACUUAUAUCAGCCCUGAUGUGACGUCAUUCCAAGAUGACGAGGUCACCUUGUCAUGUCUGGGAACUGGUGACAUUCCACCGCUAGUAGAAUGGAUAGAUGGGAAGGGGACCACACUACAGUCCAGCUUGAAUUCAGUCUAUUUGAAAGUUGCUGUUGCUGACUCUCCUAAAAGAUUUAGAUGUUUGAUAGACAACUUUAAACCCAGUAGAGAAGUUACAGUGGCCAAAUGGGGGUGUGGUUGUGAGGACGUCUACUUUGCUAAGAAACUAAAAGUGUAUCGUUCUGCGCCUCGGUGUUAUUCUCCUCAUCUUCUCAGUUCGAGCUCUUUAGAUUAUAACUACAAUUUCAAUAUGGCCCAUCCCGCGAUCGCUCACAAAUUUAGCAUAAAAGUCAACUCAACCAUAUUUUUGAAAAUUAUCCCACUGCUUACGUACGAUGUAAGGAUUACAUCGCCUGGAAAAGAGUACCUUCUGUACUAUUACAAUCAAGAGUAUCGCGACGGUUACGGCACAAUGCUGAGUUUGAACGACACUGCAAUGAAAUUGGACCUGCAACUUGUUCCACCUGUUGCUCUGGAAAUCGGGGUCUUUAAUGUGAUCCUGUCAGUCAUGUCCAGUCAAGGUGUGGAGGACUUGCUGCAAGGUGUACUGAUGACAGCACAACUCUCAGUGAUACAGUGCGAGCAAGGAGACGACUGUGAAGCAUUCUUCAAAGAGUGGACUGGACUUGAGACUGAGUUCAAGGAAUUGAAAUGCGGUAAUGGACUGCAGCAGGAGUAUAUGUCAUAUCAGCAAUGUCGGGAAUCGUCAGCACCCGGACCAGCUCCGGUCGUUUCACCUUCUGCCCGCUAUUUGAUUGAGGUUCCUAGUGACUUGCCGAGUAAUCAGCCUUUCCCAGUUGAGUGCCCAAUUGAGAAUGCAGCUAGCUACGAAUGGUACCGAAUCAACAGUGACGGCCAGCGUGACUUUGUUACCAAUGGCUACGCUCUCAUCUUUCCUUCUUUUGAGGAACUCCGGAACCAAGGAGCUUACGUGUGUGUUGGAAGAGGCCGAGGGCCGCUCAUCAAUGUUACCGCGGAGUACCAAGCCAUCAUUAUGAAAUCAGGCAUCACCACAUUGAUGGCAAACAUGACGCUUGUGAAUGGAACAUUUACCGACGAACUACGCAAUGCAUCCAGUGCUGCGUUCAAGAACCUCACGGAUGAAUUACGCAGCAAGAUGCCGUUGGAUAUGAUAUACCAGCCUGUGGUUAGCUACGAGGUUCUGCGCUUCUAUCCAGGCAGUGUUAUCGUUGUUUUCAAAGUUAUCGUUGAUUCUCCUAGCAACGUAUCUGAUGCACAUACGGUAUUGUCUUUACAAACAGCCAUGUCUGCGCAUGCCUCCACUAACCCAGGACUGGGUCUCGAUCCCAACAGCGUUACAGUGGUGUCACUCUCUUCCUGUCCACGUGAAGUUCUUGAAUUAGAAGGCAAGAAUGUGAUCUUCCCGCAAACUAGAGUUGGACUUUGGAUUGAAUUAUUGGGAGAAUGCGUCGCUGGCGAAAAGCACGGUCGCGUUCUCAUCACUCGAGAUUGUUCGGGGGAUUUCACCAUGGGUGCUCAGUGGCUUCAACCCGUUUUGGGAAAUUGCAGCGUUGAUGUCAAUGGUCAGCUGGAUAUAUUGAAAAAGAUAACGGUAACGAGUGAGAACGUGGUGGAGGUGUCGGAGUCUCUGGAAUCCCUGACCAAUGAUGCCUCAUCAAUCAACGGUGAAGCUGUGGCAUUGGUGGCUGACGUCCUGGAUAAUAUUCUGACAAUCCGGGAUCCUUCCCCAGAGAUAACAUCAAGUGUUGUGAGUGUGGUCAACAACCUCCUACAGGUCGAUGACGAGGCUUUCGACAAAGUACCCGACAGAGACUCCACGGCAUCCCGUUUUGUACAAGCUCUCGACAGUCAAAUCUCGUACGUUCUCGCAGACGGAGCGAACUUUACCGCGGUUACACCUAGUCUCGCUGUCGAGGCGCUAAAUAUCCCUCCAAACUCCCUAGAUGAAGGUGUGGGAUUCGUUGUCAUCGAGGGAGAGUCUACGGAUGGCGUCCUGAAGAAUGAUAGUGUCAGUGUUUACUACUCUGUCUCUGAUUACCCUGCAGAGAAAGUGGAAUCGUCCAUUCAUCUUCUGAUGAGAUAUUACUCAAACAUCCAACAGGUGGCUGCUAGUCCGGUACCCAUUAGCUUCACCGUGUAUCAAACCAGCAAGUUGUUUAGCUCGAAGCUGAUUGCUGAUGCCGAGUCCAAUGGUUCCCGUCGGUUUGUGGAUAGUGCAAUCAUUUCUGCUACGGUGGUUGGUGUCCAUGUCGAGAACCUACCAGAAGACAAUCCGGUGGUUGUUACCUUUGGUCAAAAUCCAGUGAUGGAAGGGACGGUGCAGUGCGUUUUCUGGGAUAACGAACUCCAAGAUGGCGUCGGGGAUUGGUCACCAGAGGGCUGCAGACUAGUGACCUCAAUCAGCGGGAGGACUGAGUGUCACUGUGAUCAUGCUACCAGCUUUGCAGUACUCGUGGACAUUCACGGCCAAAAGUACUCGAGCCUAGCUCUGGAUAUCAUCAGUAAGAUUGGAUGUGCUGUGUCCAUUGCUUCCCUUGUUUUCACCAUCAUCAUAUACCUCGCCAUCAAGUCCUUGCGAGAGAAGACACCAAGUCGCAUCUUAGUUUGCUUCUCUUUCUCUCUGCUCUGUCUCUAUCUGGUCUUCCUGGUUGGUAUUGAGCAGACAUCGUCUCGCAUAGGUUGCAUCAUCGUUGCUGUGUUGAUGCACUAUUUCACUCUUAGCUCCAUGGCAUGGAUGGGAGUCGAGGCAACCAACCUCUAUCUGAAACUCGUUAGAGUCUUCAACUCUAACGUGGAACACUUCAUGGUCAAAGCCUCUAUCGCUGCCUGGGGAAUGCCAAUGAUUGUUGUUGGUGUAAUACUAGCAGUGGAUUACACGGUUUAUGAAAAUGAAAGCAGUUGUUUCUUGAAGCCCGGUGCAGCCUUCUACUACGGUCAGCUGCUCAUGAUCGGUCUGGUCUUCCUCUACAAUGCCUUCAUCUUUGUCCUGAUCGCCCGUCGCUUGACCUGCAAGGCUAAAGUGAUCCAAAGCUCCAACACGAAAGGCAAGCGAAGUCAGAUGGCCAAGCGGCUGCAGAACAUGGCUGCCAUCUCAGUGCUUCUCGGUCUUACCUGGGCCUUCGGUCUCCUCUCAGUCAUCGAGUCUUCCAACUUCGUCUUCCAAAUCCUUUUCUGCGUCUUCAACUCCCUGCAAGGUCUGUUCAUCUUCCUGUUGUUCGUCGUCCGACAGGAUAACGUGCGAGGCAAGGUCCUCGGAUGCUUUCACAAGACACCGGCGACAAGUGGAUCCUUCUCACCAUCCGUAUCAAACACCAAGUUCAAAUCACAGUCGCGUUUGACUGAUGUCGGUGAUGGGGGUAAUGGGAUAGAGGGGUAUGUCCCUGGUAAAGCUACAGAUCCACAGAAGAAAGAUGGGAUGAAAGAGGAAGAAGAGAAUGUGUAUGAUAACCAGGCCAUAGAACAACUUGAAAUGAACGAUAUUGGAGAGGGUGAGGAAAAUGCCUCUGAUAACGAGGCUAUUGUUCAGCUGCAGAUGGAUGAGAUGGUAGAGAGUGGAGUGAAAGGGGAUCAUAACGAGGCUAUGGAUUAUACGAAGAUUGAUGAUACGAAGAUGGAUGAGAUUGAAUUGAAAGAAGAGAAUGUGUGUGAUACCCAGGCCAUGGCAAACAGGCUGUAAAUCAACAAACAAGGAAUUCUAUUUAUCUGGGGAAAAGAAAACUUGUAGAAUUACCAAGCUAAUGCUCAAAUGAAGACGGGGCGUUGAUACACUUGAAGAAAACAAAAAUCUUAGUUUCUUUCCAAAUACUAUCGAUAACUGAUGUUAAAGUGUUUACUGUAACAAAUUGAUUACUCCAUCUCAAAACAUGUCACGGAUGUCGUGGAUGACAUAUGAAAU